UUCAGUGAGCAAAGGGCUGGAAGGUGUUUGGAAAUGGGGGGGCAAGGGGAGGGACGAUGAGUCCAACUGCAGCCCUUUGCACCCCUCCAGCUCUUCCCGGGGCUGUGGGGUGGGCAGAGCCCGGGGAGUCGUGGGGGUCUGUGCCAUUUUGCGGUGAGUUUUCCCACCUCGGGAAGGAGAAGGAAGGAAGAGGGGGGGGUCUUGCCCCCCGCCCUCCACAGCGCUGGGGCCGGCCCCGGGUGCAAGGGAAGGCGGGCAGGUUUCGGCGGGGGAAGGCUGCCCGCCUCCGCCCCCCCUUCCCCGGGGCUGGCGGCCAGCCCCGAAGUUGCGGCGAGGCGGGAGGACACACGUCCUGUCCUUCCACCGCUCCCGUCCCCCCCCGCCCCGGGCAUCCAUCCCCGCAGCCCCCCCACACCGCCGGCUCCUCCCGGCCGUCCCGCCCGGGCAGCCCCUCCGGUCCCGGUCCCGGGGGGGUUGGAGAUGGCUGCUGGGGCCCGGCGGCCACCGAGACACCUGCUGCCACCGGGCCCCCCCCCGUGCACACCCGCUCCGCUCCCUCCUUCCUCCGCUCCCGUCCCUGCCUCCAGCCGCCGCUGCAGAGGAGCCGCCGCCGCCUCCAAGGACGAGCCGGGACCGACAGCGGCCGCUGGACCCCUCCGCCAGCCGCGGCGGCGGGGGCCGAUCCUGCCCCCCCCGGGGGCUGCCCCGGAGGACGAGGAGCGGGCUGGGAAGAGCCGAGCCCCCGGUGGGACGCGCAGCCCCGCCGGGCAUGUAGGCACCGAGCAGCGGCGGUCCCGGACGCGGCGGUGGACAUGGGCAGAGCGCCGGCGCACGCUCUGCUACUGUCGAUGGUCUUGGGCUGCUCGGCUGCCUUCACGGACCUCCUGCUGCCAGGCCCCGAGGAGCCGGUGGUCAACGUGGCCGUGGUGUUUGGGGGCACGUCCUACCCCCUGCACAUCCGCACCCGCCUGAGCCCCCAAAGCUUCCUGGACAUGCCCCUGGAGAUCCACCCCAUCACCGUCAUCGUCAACAACACCAACCCCAGCACCCUCCUCACCCAGAUCUGCGACAUCCUCGCCAGCCACAAGAUCCACGGCAUCGUCUUUGAGGAUAACGUCGGCACGGAGGCCGUGGCACAGAUCCUGGACUUCAUCUCCUCCCAGACCCAGGUCCCUGUCAUCAGCAUCAGCGGGGGGUCUGCUGUGGUCCUGACCCCCAAGGAGCCCGGCUCGGCUUUCUUGCAGCUGGGCGUCUCCAUCGAGCAGCAAAUCCAGGUGAUCUUCAAGGUGUUGGAAGAAUACGACUGGGGCUCGUUUGCUGUCAUCACCAGCCUCUACCCGGGCUACAACAUCUUCCUGGAUGUCAUCAGGUCCUUCACGGAGGCCAGCUACUUUGGCUGGGAGCUGCAGGAGGUGCUCACCUUCGAGAUGAGCCAGGAGCAGAGCAGCUCCAGGACGCAGCGGCUCCUGCGGCAGAUCGAUGCCCAGGUCCUCAUUGUCUACUGCUCACGAGAGGAGGCCGAGUACCUCUUCGCCAUGGUGGAGCAAGCCGGGCUCGUGGGGCCGGGCUACAUCUGGAUCGUGCCCAGCCUGACGGUGGGCAACAUGGAGGUACCACCCUCCUCCUUCCCCGUCGGCCUCAUCAGCGUGGUGACAGAGAGCUGGAAGCUGAGCCUGCGGCAGAAGGUGCGGGAUGGCGUGGCCAUCAUUGCCAUGGGGGCAGCCAGCUUCUUCCGGGCCCAUGGCUACCUUCCAGAGGUGGGACGGGACUGCUGGACCCCUGCUGGGGCCACCGCCACCAACACCAGCUUCUACAGGCACCUCCUCAACGUGACAUGGGAGCACAGGGACUUCUCCUUCAAUGAAGGUGGCUACCUGGUCAGGCCCACCAUGGUGGUGAUCUCGCUCAACCAGCACCGGCUCUGGGAGAUGGUGGGCAAGUGGGAGAAAGGCAUCAUCCACAUGAAGUACCCGGUAUGGCCCCGCUACGGCUCCUUCCUGCAGCCCGUGGCUGAUAACCGCCACCUGACGGUGGCCACGCUGGAGGAGAGACCCUUUGUCAUCGUGGAGAAUACGGACCCCAGCACCGGGGUCUGCGUGCGCAACACCGUGCCCUGCCGCAAGCAGACCAACUCCUCGCAGAGUAGCGAUGGUCUUGUGGAUCCCUACACUAAGCUGUGCUGCAAGGGCUUCUGUAUCGACAUCCUGAAGAAGCUGGCCAAGACAGUGAAGUUCUCUUAUGAUCUUUACCUGGUGACCAAUGGCAAACAUGGCAAGAUCGUCCGUGGGGUCUGGAAUGGCAUGAUUGGUGAGGUGUACUACAAGCGUGCGGACAUGGCCAUCGGCUCCCUCACCAUCAACGAGGAGCGCUCCGAGAUCGUGGACUUCUCCGUGCCCUUUGUGGAGACGGGCAUCAGCGUCAUGGUGGCCAGGAGCAAUGGCACCGUCUCCCCCUCCGCCUUCCUGGAGCCCUACAGCCCAGCCGUGUGGGUCAUGAUGUUCGUGAUGUGCCUCACUGUGGUGGCUGUCACUGUCUUCGUGUUUGAGUAUUUCAGCCCCGUCGGCUACAACCAGAACCUCACCAGUGGCAAGAGGCCAGGAGGUCCCACCUUUACCAUCGGCAAGUCGGUGUGGCUGCUGUGGGCUCUGGUCUUCAACAACUCGGUGCCCAUCGAGAACCCCAAGGGCACCACCAGCAAGAUCAUGGUGCUCAUCUGGGCCUUCUUCGCCGUCAUCUUCCUCGCCAGCUACACUGCCAACCUGGCCGCCUUCAUGAUCCAGGAGCAAUACAUCGACACCGUGUCGGGGCUGAGCGACAGGAAGUUUCAGAAGCCGCAGGAGCAAUACCCCCCGUUCCGCUUCGGCACCGUCCCCAACGGCAGCACCGAGAGGAACAUCCGCAGCAACUACCCUGACAUGCACACCCACAUGGUGAAGUACAACCAGCGCUCCGUCGAGGAUGCUCUCACCAGCCUCAAAAUGGGGAAACUGGACGCCUUCAUCUACGACGCUGCCGUGCUCAACUACAUGGCGGGCAAGGACGAGGGCUGCAAGCUGGUGACCAUCGGCAGUGGGAAAGUGUUUGCCACCACGGGCUACGGUAUCGCUCUGCAGAAGGACUCGCGUUGGAAACGGGCCAUCGACCUGGCCCUGCUCCAGUUCCUGGGGGACGGUGAGACCCAGAAGCUGGAGACGGUUUGGCUGUCAGGGAUCUGCCAGAACGAGAAGAACGAGGUGAUGAGCAGCAAGCUGGACAUUGACAACAUGGCCGGGGUUUUCUACAUGCUGCUGGUGGCCAUGGGGCUGAGCCUGCUGGUCUUUGCCUGGGAGCACCUCGUCUACUGGAAGCUGCGUCACUCUGUCCCCAAGUCCCACAAGCUUGACUUUCUCCUGGCCAUCAGCAGGGGCAUCUACAGCUGCUUCAGCGGGGUGCAGACCCUGGCCAGCCCCAGGCGAGCGCCCACUCCCGACGUCACCGCCAGCUCGGCCCAAGCCAACGUGCUGAAGAUGCUGCAGACGGCCAAGGAGAUGGUGACAACAGCCAGCGUGGGGGGGUCGCUGGAGCAGGCCACUCGCACCAUCGAGGACUGGAGCAACCGCAGCGAGCGCCUCCAGACCACCUUCUCCCUCAGGACACCCCAGCUGGUGGUACAGAACAGCACCGGUGCCCACCGGGCCUCCUCCUCCAGCCGGGACCCCCCUGAGAGGCUGGGGAGAGCCAAGGGUUCCCUGGGGCUGCCGCUGCCCCAGCCCAUCCCUGUGGACUCCCGGCUGCCUGGGGAAGAGAAGUGGAGAGGGGCGAACCAGCACAUCCCGCGCCUCCUGCACCCCAUGAAGUUUCGGGGUGGCUGUGCGGGGGAUGAAGCCGUCCUGCGUUUUCCCCACCUCCUGGUGAAGACCUCUCCGGGAGGGGAUUUUGAGGAGCAAGUACUGAUGGGGAACCACAUUGGGGCUCCUCUCCCACCCCCCACAUCCCCCAGGGACCUCCCGCCACCAGACAUCUACAGGGAGCACAAGUGGCCGAUGGGACGAGGGGACCAGCUGCAAAACUCCCCCCUCCUCCAGGGAGAUGGGGGACAUGGUGGCUCGGGGACGCUGCCCCGGCUGCUCUCAGCAGCAGAGAAGAGGCGGGAGGUGGGCAGCCUCUUCCUGCCGCCAUCCUGCCCGCACGGCGCCUUCCCCAAAGCCACCAGGACUUGCAGAGCUGGGGAUGAGCCAGCCCGGCCGGAGGCUGCGGUGAUGGAGCGGGAGAAGCCAAACCGGCGGGCAAGGGCACUAGGGGAGCAGGGUGACAGGCAGCGUCCUGGGUGGCUGCGACGCUGUGGUGCUGCCCGUCCCCCGGCCUGCACCAACAUGCCCGACCUCUUCCCCGAAGCCGAGGCCGGUCAUGGCUGCGGUCCCCACUGUCCCCAGGCUGCUGGCCGGCUGGCACCACGCUCGCCCAUGGCCAGGCUACCGUCAUACCGGGAGGCUUGUCGGCAAAACCCCCGUGGCACCAGCACCAUGCCGCCAUACACCUGCAUGGACUCGUACCCCAAUCUGCCCCUCUACCUGGGGCACCUCUCGCGGGGGUCCCCGCUGCCACGGCUGCACCCCGGGGUGCCGGUGGGCUGUGGCCGGGUGACUGGGCGCUGGGACAGCGGCUGCAGAGACUGUGGGAGGCGGGGGGAACCGGCCUUGCUGCGGGCGGCGGGGAUGGAGAGGAGGGACCCGCUGGUGGCCCACAGGGUGACGAGUCCCUGCACCGGCGGGUCCUGGCGGCGGGUGUCCAGCCUGGAGUCGGAGGUGUGACGGGGGGUACAGAGGGGGUGUCUGCACCCCUCUGCCUGCCAGCGGCUCCCGGCCGGGCUCCAGCCUCCUGGGGUCCUGUCCCGCCAGCAGUGGGAUGCUCCAAGCGGCUCGGCGGGUCCCGUGCGCUUUUGGGGGGGCUGGAGGAGCACGGCAGGGGCCGGGGUGAGCACGGGCUGUCCCCGCAGGCAGGGCUGGCUGGGAACUCGAGGACGCCCAACUCAUUGCUGCUGUGUUGCCGUUGCAUUUUGGCUUCAUUUGAGGGACUUAAAAUGCCAUGUCCAGGUCAUUAAAGAGACAUUUUCAACUGGCUUUGGGGGAUCCGUCUUCCAUUCGCAGGCAAUGGCUUUGCCCUAUGUCACAGGGAAGCUCGUGGUCCUGUCACUCCCUCCCUGCUCGUGUUCUUUCACUGCUUAGCCCUGGCACAGGCUUGUCCCACCGGCAGCAGCUGAGGAAAGGAAAAUGGUGACUCAUUAAGUUGCGCUGAGGGAUAAUUAGUUAAGAGCCACCAUCCUGU